AUGGCGAUCGCUGUAGAAGCCUCGUCGCCCUCGGCCCGCAUCGCGCGCGUAACGCCUGGUAGUUUGUUCCGACGCAUGUCGGCGCAAGCAAUGGGUAUGGAGGCUGCAGCGCUAUGUCAUCGUUCGCACUGGGUACCCAAGUCGUCACGCUCGAGCUGCUCCAACUGCCACCGCAGCUUUCGCCUCUGGGCGGGUAAACACCACUGCCGCCUAUGCGGUGAGAUUGUUUGCGGCACCUGCUCCACCAAGCGCAUUCUAUUCCAGAAGAAGAGCGUGCGCACCUGCGACGACUGCGUACACGCCAACGUGCAGAGCAUCUCGGAGGUCAAUCGCCGCCGCUCCACACCCGAGUUUCUGCACUCCUACACGAGCCCCGCAGCCUUCGGAGACAUUGACGACAGGUAUGAACGUCACAGCCUUCAGGUAAUGCCGUUGCGGACGGUUAACAGUCGUGGACUCCAGAGGCACCACUCGAAGACGCCACGUCGUUCAAGGAGAUGA